AAAAAAAAAAAAAACCUAGGAGGGAGCAAGGUGCAGAGUUAUGCAGUGGUAUGACGUAUCAGCCUCGAUGACCCCGCCCACUGUGGUGAAUGGGAUCUUCAAGCGCAUCCCCGGUAGGCGUCUUGCGGAGCCGCACUCAAUACUCUUGCAAGGUGCGGCGACAGUUUCCGGGUGCCAUAUGCCUGCUGAGUGCAUUGCGUCUCCUUCUUAUUGGAUUGACAUCAUCCCUGGGAUUCUGGCGCCUGCGCAUGAGUUGUCACACAAGCCAUGCUACCGUGGACUGACUCUUUGAGCGUCCAAUGAAAAGGCCGUCGGGUACUCGUGUAUCACCCUAGGAGCAGAAAAAAAAAAGAAAAUGGACAGCGAUUUGAAACAGGAUUGU